CUUUCAAUGUGCUAAACUACGAAAUUACAAAGGAAAAAAGCUAUAACGUCAAUGAACUACUUGAGUACAUUGCUCACAACAAACCACUUCUCAAUGACAAUCAAAAAAAUGUUUACAACGUUAUAAUGAACCGAAUAAAUAAUAACACUGGUGGAAUUAUUUACUUGGACGCACCAGGAGGCACCGGUAAAACGUUUCUAUUAAAUCUACUAUUGGCGGAAAUACGUGCUACAAAACACAUCGCACUGGCACUAGCAUCAUCCGGCAUUGCAUCCACACUUAUGGAAGGAGGACGAACUGCCCAUUCUGCCUUACAACUACCGUUGAAUAUAGCCGAACAACAAUUCCCGGUAUGUAAAAUCUCAGGAAAAUCUGGACGAGGUCAACUUCUAAAACAAGCUAAAAUUAUCAUCUGGGAUGAAUGCACCAUGGCCCAUAAAAAAUCACUAGAAGCCAUGGACAGAACAUUACAAGAAUUGCGAAAAAACUCUGAAAUAAUGGGAGGAGCUCUACUCAUACUCUCAGGAGACUUUCGACAAACACUUCCAGUUAUUCCCAAGUCAACACCAGCAGACGAGAUCAAUGCAUGCUUAAAAAAGUCACAUCUCUGGCCACAAGUACAAAUACUGCAAUUAACAAAAAACAUGAGAGUUGAAUUAUCAAAAGAUGAAACAACAGCAUGUUUUGCUAAAAUACUUUUACAAAUAGGCGAAGGUACAUAUCCUACUGAUCAAACGAGCGGCCUCAUAGAACUCAAUAGUGAUUUCUGUAACGUAGCCACCACUGAAAACGAACUAAUCGACAAAAUUUAUCCAAAUAUUAUUCAGAACUAUACCAACGUAGAGUGGUUAUUUCAAAGAGCGAUUUUGGCCACUAAAAAUAAUAUUGUUGACGAUAUCAAUUUUAAUAUUCUAAAGAAUAUACCUGGUGAAGAGAAAAUAUAUAAAUCAAUCGACACGAUGGUAUCCAUUGAAGAAAGUGUCAACUUCCCUACUGAAUUUCUAAACUCUUUACAAGUACCAGGAAUGCCAUUACACUGCCUUCGUCUGAAAGUUGGAUCUCCAAUCAUACUACUCAGAAAUCUAAACUCCCCAAAACUACGCAACGAAGUGAGCGAGCGUAAAUCAGGGCCAGUUUUAGACAAGCGUCACACAGAGAGGUCAUCUAUAACAUUCCACGUCAAACGCAUUUGCUCGGCUGUCAACGAGACGGCUCCACGAGAUUUAUCCAUUGGGGCGUGGACAUAA